AUGGUGGGGAAGGUGGGGCCUGUACUGUGGGCCCUCUGUGCAGUCUGGGUAGCUGUUGAUGCCAUCUCUGUGGAAACCCCAUCGGAUGUUCUUCGUGCUGCCCGAGGAAAGAGUGUGACCCUUCCGUGUUCCUAUAGCACCUCUGCCCAGGACCGGGAUGGAUUUAUCCAGUGGGAUAAACUUCUCAGGACUCAUUCGGAAAGAGUGGUCACUUGGAAGUUUUUGUCAAAAAGCUAUAUCUAUGGCGACCUGUAUGACAACCGUGUGCGGGUAUCUAGCAAUCCUGAGAAGUCAGAUGCCUCCAUCACCAUCGACCAGCUGACCAUGGAUGACAAUGGCACCUACGAGUGCUCCGUCUCACUGAUGUCAGAUUUGGUUGGUACCUCCAGGUCACGCAUCCGCCUUUUAGUCCUUGUGCCACCCUCCAUACCAGACUGUGGCAUCCAAGGGGAGACUGUGAUUGGGAACAACAUCCAGCUGACCUGCCAGUCAGCUGAGGGCUCCCCAAGCCCAGAGUAUAGCUGGAAGAGCUACAACACCCAGAACCAGCAGCGGCCAGUCGCCCAACCAGUCCCAGGCCAGCCCUUGGUUCUGAAGAAUAUCUCCACAGACAUAUCCGGCUACUACAUCUGUACCUCCAGUAAUGAGGUUGGGACAGAGUCCUGCAACAUCACCGUGACUGUCAGACCUCCCUCUAUGAAUGUGGCCUUAUAUGCCGGUAUCGCAGGGGGCAUGAUUGGGGCCCUCAUCAUCAUUGGCAUCAUUGUCUACUGCUGCUGCUUCCGAGAGAAGGAAGACAAAGCUGAGGACAUGGAGGAUGCAAGGCCGAACCGGGUUGUUUACCAAAAGCCUUCAGAGCAACAGACAGAAUUUUCCAGAGAGAAGGAAGACGAUGACUACAGACAUGGAGACCAGGGGAGCUCAGGCCGCAGAUCCCCAGACCAGUCCUUUCAGUGA